GUGUGUGUGUGUGUGUGUGUGUGUGGAAACGCUCUGGCGUUGGUGGAGUGGGUUCAGCGGUACGAGAUGUCAGAGAUGAACCCAAUGAAUGGCGUCAGCCACGUCUUACAGGCUGGCGUAGGCGGCAGGAGUCGGGCUCGGGAGGCCCAGGAAGGACCAGUGGCCGGAGCCGCCCAGCCCAUGGCGCGGGUGCUCGGCCCGGUUCACAGGCGCGACCCGGGCCUCGCCCCAGGCCCGUUGUCAGUGCCAAACCUUCCAGGGCAGCUUGGCCUUUUAGGAGUUAAUCAGCAGCAGCUCUUCCACCAAUACCUGGACAGGUGCCCCCUGGUCCCAGUCAGACUGCUCCGAGCUAUCGAGGAACGCCGCAGGCUGUUUGUGGAAGGCUGCAAGGCCAGGGAGGCGGCCUUCGAUGCGAAUCCCCCUCCGCUGGACUCCGAGGCCGUAGCUUUUACUCUAGCCCUGACUUCCUCGGAAGCUGGCAGUCCUCUGGCCGACUGAGCUGGCUGUGACUGAUAAGAGGUGGUGAGGAAGGGAGGUGCCUCCCGGAGCACAGGCGACAGGCCGUGCCCGUGCAGUCAGUGGUUAGGAAGCAAUGCAGCCAUCGCGGACAGACGCAGCACUCCGAAGAAGAACUCGAAAGGCACUUGAGAAGCAUGGAGCUGGCUUCCAGAGAGGUUCUGGAGCCUCUGACUUACCACCUGGUGACUGUGGAGCGAUCCCUGUCUGCAUUUGUGGAAACUCAAGAUUACUUCAUCAGAAAGAGUGGUUUUGCAAACAAAAUCUAAGAAAAAUGGCCAGUUAUAGAAUCCAUAGAAAUUAACCAAGAUGACAAAAGAAUUUAAGCAGAUACAGUUAGGGAAUCUUUAGUCAUGAGGCUUGGAAGGCUAUUGAAAGAACUUGGGAAUUUCAGAAUUUGUGGUCAUCUGUCAGCCUUCAGAUCUUAAUUUUGUGUCUUUUGAAGUACUUUAGAUGAAUAGUAAAUAUUCAGAUGCAAAAAAAAAAAAAAACACGUAUUCAUUGUGAGAUUAACAUAUUUUCAAGACCAUGCAAAAUUGGGGUAGGUUUGGGAAUAGAUUUGCUUUUGUUAAUGUUUAAACUGUUUUUAUUCUAGUAUGUGUAUCUAUUUACAAGACUCAAAAAAAGUAUCGAAAGAUAUGUUGUGAGAAGUUAGCCCGAUCAACCUCUAGACAGGAUAAUUGAAAACUAUUCCUAAUAGGUUAUCAGUUGUUUAGGUUUUUUGGUUUUGGUUGGUUGGUUUUAUUUUUUGUUUGUUUUUUAACUUAUGCCUUCAACAAUUUCCUACCAUAUACACAAAUUAAUAUCAAUCUAGAUAUUCUGCUUGUUUCCCUUUUAAAAAUCAAGGUAGAAUAUGACAAGGUAGCAUAUUAUUAUAUGCCUCUAUCAGCAUCUUGAUUUUUUAUCCACUUAUGUUGGAGAUAUUUUUUCUUUAUUUUUUAAGCAACUAUAAUGUAAGGCUGUAUCUCAAUCUAGUGAACUAAUCUUUUGGACAUCUUGGUUGUUUCCAAAAUGUUUUGAUAUUUUCUGCGUAUUUCUAUGUGUUUACUUGUUUUUCCAUAGAGUAGACUUCUGUAAGUGGAAGCUCUUGAUUCAAGGGCAUAUGCCUUGGGAAUUUUAACAAGUACUACCAGAGCCCCUCCUUGGGGCUCUCCCAGUUUACCUUCCCUUCAGCUGGUGAUGACUGUGAUUACUGGUGAUUACUCCACAGCCUGGCCAUUCAGAUCUGGCUUUGGGAGAAUCUGACAGUGAAAAAAUCAUUCCUCUCUGUCUUUUCAAUUUGCAUUUCUCUAGCUGUGAGGGCAGAUAUGUGGUCUCAGUGUGUAAGAGCCAUUUGUUGCUUCUCUGUGAACUCUGUCCAUAUGUUUACUCAUUUUUUAUGCCUUGCAAGACUAUUUGUUUAUCAGUCACUAAAGAAAUUAGCCCCUUGUGGUAUGAGAUGGAAAUACAUUUUCUCUGUUUGAAUUGCUUUUGAUCCUUUUUCCAUGCAUAAAACUGUUUUAAUGUACCUAGAUAUAUUCAGUUUUUCUUCUAGAAAAGGGGCUUCUAGAGCUUGAGUUAUAGUUAGAAAGGCUUUGCCACUCCUGGAUUAUGAAGGAAUACUUUGGUUUUUCGUUUUGUUUGUUUCUGUUGUUGCUUUUGGUACUGGGGAUUGAACUCAGGGGUCCUUUACCACAGAGGUGUUUCCCCAGCCUCCUUUUUAUAUUUAAUUUAGAGACAGGGUCUUGCCAAGUUGCUUAAGGCCUCCCUAAAUUGCUGAGGCUGGCUUUGAACUUGUAGUCCUCUUGCCUCAGUCUCCCAAGCUGCUGGGACUACAGUCGUUUGCCACUGUGCCCUGCAGGAAUACUUUGGUUUUAAAUGUUAACAUUAAAAUUGUUUGGAAUGUUUUAGGUUCUAGGAGUGCUAUUCCACCCUCAUUGCACUUCUUUUCCAAAGUUUUUCUGGCUAUCAUGGAACUUGAGGAUCAACUUGACUUCUAGAUUUUACAAAAGCUGAUGCUAUUUAUAUUUGGGUUACAUUCAAUUUAUAUACUUUAAUGUGAAAAUUAAUGUCUUUCUCUCCACUAACGUGGUAAGUGUUCAUUUGUUCAUGUACUUUUCAUGUCCCAAGAUUUGUUUUUAAUGUUUCCUUCUAUAGGUCUUGCCCAUUUUUUUUAAGUAUAUCCCAAGAUUGGUGGUUGGUUUAUAGCUAUUGUGAAUGAAGUUUUGUCAUUUCUAAACUGAAUGCUGCUGAUUUUUUUCUUCAUUUAUUUUGUGGUGCUCUAUUAAACUUUAUGUGUUCUUACUGUUUAUAUUUUUCUUUGUUAUACAGUCAUAUCUUUAACAGGGUAAUAGUUUCAUCUCAUCCUUUCUAAUUUUUAAUAAUCAUUAUUCCUUUCUGUUGUAGACUUGCUUUGGCUAGAAGCUCCAACUCAGUAUAAAUAAAAAUAGGUGAGAAGGUA